GUGAGUGAUACUCUCUCCGACGAGUCAACGAAAAUGUAAAAUUGAAUAAUUUCUCUCAAAUAUUCCGUUAAAUAUUGCUCUAAAUGUAGGACUUUAACAUUUUUUGUGCAUCGGUUGAUUACGUGUAAGUUUUGCAGUAGUGCGAGCAAAGGUGGUAAACAGCAAGCAUCAGUAUGCCAUCAACAAACCUCAGUUUGCGUGAGGAUGACGUAGUUCGCUUAGCUCUUGAGUUUCUUCACAAUCGUGACUUGCACAUUACCCAGCUUUCAUUGGAGCGAGAAACUGGUGUUAUCAAUGGAAACUAUGCUGAUGAUGUGCUCUUUCUGCGUCAGCUUAUACUUGAUGGGCAGUGGGAUGAUGUGCUGGAGUUUAUUCAACCACUUAGUGCGCUCAAAGCUUUUGAAGCAGACAAAUUUAAUUAUGCCAUUCUUAGACACAAAUAUAUAGAACUCCUUUGCAUUAGAUCUGAAAUAAAAGCCUAUAAUAAUGUUGAGAACAUAGUAGACGAAGUUGUCAAAGUACUAAGCGAUUUGGAAAAAUUGGCACCGUCUAAAGAAGAAUACUCAAAUUUAUGUUUACUUUUGACUUUACCAAGCAUCACAGAUCAUGCACAAUUCAAGAAAUGGAACCCUAGCAAUGCAAGAGUGCAAUGUUUUCGAGAGGUGUAUCCUCUCGUUGAACAAUUUCUACCUUGCGAUAAGAAGUCAACUGGCACUGUGUCAAAAUGCGCAAAAAAUGACCGUAUGAUGCAAUUGUUAAUUAAAGGAAUAUUGUAUGAGUCAUGUGUAAAUUAUUGUCAAGCUAAAGCAACAGGAUCCAAUGAAGCUCAUUCUAAUGAAGUGAAUUUUUCGCGUUUGUUAGAUGGGUCCGGGUUUGACGAAUCUGACCUAAGUUUGCUUUCCUGGCUUCAAUCAAUUCCUGCUGAAACAUUUAGUGUUCCAUUUGAACAACGCAUGUUGAAUGUCGAUGUGGAGAAAUUAGAACGCCCAUCUCUGCAUACGUCGUGGACAGAGCACAUGCUCGUGACACCCAUUAAACCUCGUACAUUCCCACAUUUGGCUAUGCCAUUUAGAAGGCCUCGUUCAGCCGCUGAUGCCAUGACCAGGUCUUUGAGACCGCUGCCCGAUGGAGCUCCACGACAUCCGGCGGUAAUGGCUUUAUCAGCCAUUGAUUAUGGACCGUCUUCGUCAUGUUUUGCUGGAUUUCAUCUCACUGGCAUAAAGGGAAGCAAACUAAUGAAUACGUCUGUAGAUAGAUUGUUUGACAAUAAGAAUGGUGACAGCAUUUUCAACGGUCUGAAUGAAUCUUUGAAGCCUAUCGACGAACAACUGAAGCCUAUCGGCGAGUUUUCGACUUCGACAAAGACAAACGAAACAAAUAGUGUUGGUGCUUCUAAUGCAACUACUCCUGAACACAGGGGGCACGAUUAUUCGGCUUCUACUUCUAUAUCAACUACAGCAGCAUCAACCGAGCGGUCUUCACUUGCGGAACGCACGCCGCAACAACCUGAAUCGCCUAUGAUUCCUGGCGCACAAGGAGAUUUUAGAAGGGAGUUACUGAAAGAAUACCAGAUACAAAAGCAACGCGAAUGUGACGACUACCUUCGGAACCUGUGUCCACCAGACGGAAAUCAGCAAAAAACGAUAGAAAAAAUGAAGAUAGGAGAUGGUGCACCCACAUAUCCACCUGGCGUCAAGUAUCCACAGCAGCCGCCUGAUAAACCACCAAUACAAUACGCCAGAGAAAACGAAGUCCGCGAAGCAGCCGACGUGGGAGACUCGGCGAGCGCACAAAAUAGGAAUGGGGGUCAUCAAGGAGUCCCGAUUUCAGCUGCAAGCGGUGUGGGUGUGGGCGCUGAAGUCAACGGGUCGAGACCCACUUUCAAGCCGGUGACGGUUCUUGAAGACCUGCAGGCAGUGCGCUGCGCAGAGUUCCAUCCCAAUGGCAAACUGUACGCGGUCGGAUCCAACACCAAAACACUCAGAAUAUGCACCUAUCCAAAAAUUGAGGAUGUCAAGGACAACAGUGCACCGACCGCGCCGACAGUACUGCUGAAACGUACGAAGCAUCACAAAGGCAGCAUAUAUUGCCUCGCCUGGAGCCCGGCCGGCGACCUGCUGGCCACCGGCUCCAACGACAAGACUGUCAAGUUGAUGAGGUUCAACAGCCACACCUGCAAUCUCGAAGGACAAGAAGUGGAGCUGACGAUGCACGACGGCACAGUGCGUGACGUGUGCUUCAUCGAGGACACGUCGAACAAGACGAGCCUGCUCGUCAGCGGCGGCGCCGGCGACUGCAAGAUCUACGUUACCGACUGCGCUACCGGCAAGACAUUCCAGGCUCUGAGUGGUCACUCCGGGCAUGUACUAUCUCUGUACAACUGGGGUGGCGCUAUGUUCGUGUCUGGCAGUCAGGAUAAGACGGUUCGCUUCUGGGAUCUACGUACUGGCGGCUGUGUCAAUGUCAUUUCUCCACCCGCCGGACACCCUGGCAAGGGUUCAGCGGUGGCCUCUCUUGCGGUGGAUCCGAGCGGGCGGCUGCUGGUGUGCGGGCACGACGACGGGUCGUGCGCGCUGCACGAUGUGCGCGGCUCCCGCUCGUUGCAGCGCUUCACGCCGCACUCCGGCGACGUGCGCAGCGUGCGCUUCUCUCCCGGCGCCUACUAUCUGCUCACUGCCGGAUACGACGGCCGAGUUGUGCUCACUGAUUUGCAAGGCGACCUGACUUGCCCGCUGCCCAGCGUCCCGGUGGCUCGUCACCCGGACAAGGUGAUCUCGGCGAGGUGGCAUCCGGAUGACUUUUCCUUCUUGUCAACGUCAGCUGACAAGACGGCGGUACUGUGGACCAUACCGCCGGUGUAGCCACAGCGACGUCCGCGGCCGCAUUGCCUCGCAAUUGCUAAAGCGACGUCAUAGGCUAGCGAGGAUUUUUGAAGUGCGAUGUUCUAGGUAGCCGAUUUUCUAUAUACACGACGCUGAUGGUGCGAUACUAAACAUGUAUCAAUAAUAACUCUGUUGCAUCAUCUAAGAAAUGCAAGAUGUAAUACCGUUUCGCUUAAUUAUACGCGUAAAUUUUUAAAUGGUCCUGUUUCAAAUGAUACGGCCUGUGAAAUUCAUCUGUCCAUAAUAACACGUAGGAUCUUAACAUGGACCGUUAUAGGUGCUGUUGCUGAAUUUGUUUUUGUUCACUCGCUUCACGUCGGCUAUCCAGGACCUCGCAUACUCUCAAAGCUUAAAAAUACAUUUUGAUAUUUAGGCUGUAUCAAAUAUUUAUUAUUAAUUGAUUACUUUUGGAAUCGUUAGGAACGAUUGAUUUACUCGAAAUUCUAAUUUAUGAUACUAGAUAUGGCCUCUCUGAUGGAAGUAUAGAAAAUCAAAUAUUAAAAAAAAACCGUUACUUAGGACUAUUAGCUAUAUUUUUACAUUACAUUUAUGACUUUCAUAUUACUUAUGUAAUCACCUGCUAGAGAACGCUUAUAGAACUUUAUUCCAUGCAAUUACUUUGUUGGAAAUCCGCAACUUACUGUGUAGUAAUAAUGAUUAGAUGUUUAUGUGAUAUUAAUGCUUAUCUACGCUAUGUAAAUAGCAUUUCUAUUGUGAAAGUAACUUUCCGAUAUUUGAAUAUUAAAUGUCAGUAUUUUCCAUCUCUUAGCCGUCGUCAUCAAAUGUGUGUGAUUUAAUUGCAGUGUUCAAGAAAUAAGCCGAAUAUUUCUGUAUUUAUCGAAUUUUAUAAAAGUGCUAUGAUUUUGGCAUCUUCAAGGACUGUUUUUGUGUGAAAAUGCAGAAUUUUAAAGUUGCUAGGUAUCAGGACGAAUAUGGAUGUGCUAUCUAGAUCAUCGCCAUUUUUUAGACAAAAUAGUGCAAUGAUUCCAAUUAAAUAAAAAUCUCGAAUGUUAACGAAUAUUUCGAUAUUCCAACAUUAAUUGUUGUGAUUCGUUGUGCUGUGCUAUAAAAUGACUUAUUUUAUUUUCUAAAAUUAUUGAGACAUUGAGACAAAGAAGCUUUAAUGUAACUAAUACUUCUCAAUAUUUACUUUGUUUAGAUUUACAUUUUGGGCUAAUUAAAUAACCAGUGAUAAAUAACCACGUCACAAAAUAAUUUUAAUAUCCUGACGGAACAUGCUUCGCUUGCGGGAUAGUAGGUUUGUCAUUGUUUUAUGUUUUAUAGAUUUUUAUAGCUCUGUUUGCACUGUUAGGGCUGUUAUACAUGAUCGAGUCUUUAACGGCUUUGUUAUUAAUACAGAUAACAUGAUAAAGUUAUUAUCAAAAGAAGGGUAUGCUUAAGUCGUUAAUAUAUAACUUUUUUGAUAAUCAUUAUUUGAUUAAAACUGCGGAAAAAUCUUAGAAGGUAGUUCUUUAGAGUCGCUAUUUCUUUAGUGCUGAUGAAUAAUACAUCCUAAAUAUAUUAUUAUUAUCGAGACAUAAAUUUUGUGUUACUUCGGCAAAUUUUUGCCUCAAAUAUAUAUUUUAAAAAUUGAGAAUAUACGAACAGUGGUUCUUUUAACAUAAGGCCACCAUUCUUUUUUUUAAUGGGUAUUAACAACAAUUUAAAUGAAUAAUCUUAAAGAUUAUAAUGUUACUUAGUAUUGAAUCAUACAAUAUAACGUAAGGGCUUCGCACAAAUUUAAUAAUAAUUGUGUUAACUAGCGGUAACAGGAAAUUCUCAUAGAUGACUUAUUUAAUCAAUUCAUCUCGAACAAGUACUUACAUUAAGUAGUGUUUGAUGUUAAACGUAAUUGUAAUUGGUAACAUAAUUUUCAAUUUCUUAUUACAUUUGUGCUUAGUCUUAUAAUGCACACUAUAAUAUAGAAUAGAUCUAAAUAUUAUUAUAUUUAAAGUAUGAUAUAAUAUAUUUUAUGUAUAAAAUUGUGUAUGAUGAAAUAUUCUAUGUGAAAAAUUACUAUAAUAAUUAACAUUAUUAAUUUGAUCGUAUCGUCAUCACUAUUUAAUUAUUUCUGUUGGAACAGUCAUGUUCAUCAUCUAAAUCUGUAACGGGAUCUUAAUAAAACCGAAUUUCGUUAAUGAGUGUAUCCAUUAUAAUUU